GUGUGAGGAGAGUAAUAAGGAACAGAUUGUCUUCGCGGAAGGUUAAUGGGUAAGGUUCGAAUAAGAGCGCUAGCCUGAGAAGUGUCACUUCCGCCCUUAGUCGGUGGCGUCAGGUUCCGUGAGGGCGGCACCGCGCAUGCGCGCCUGGAGGAAGAAGGGCGCGAGCCGGAUUGGUCCGUGGCUGUGGGGCCUGGAGCUGGGCUUCGGCCGAGGGUCGCCUGAGGCGAUGGCUGCCGCGGCGGCUGCGGCUCCGUCGAACUCGGCCACAAACGCCGCCGCCGCCGCCGCCGCUGCUGCUGCCGGUUCCUCUUCUUCGUCGUCCUCCUCGGCUGCUGCCGGUUCGUGCUGCGGAGGGAGCGGGGGCGCCGGCUGGCGUCUUCCCGGUCGGGUGCUGGAGUUCGUGUUCUCCUACCUGGAGCUGCGGGAGCUGAGGAGCUGCGCCUUGGUCUGCAAGCUCUGGCACCGCGUCCUCCACGGAGACGAGAACAGCGAGGUCUGGAGGAGCCUGGCCGCCCGGUGCCUGGCCGAGGAGGCCCUCCGCACCGACGUCCUCUGCAACGUCCCCACCUUCAAGGGAAAGGUACGUGCCUUUCAGCAUGCUUUCAGCACCAAUGAUUGUUCUAGGAAUGUCUACAUUAAGAAGAAUGGAUUUACUUUGCACCGGAAUCCCAUCGCUCAAAGUACAGAUGGAGCAAGGACCAAGAUUGGCUUCAGUGAAGGUCGUCAUGCCUGGGAAGUCUGGUGGGAAGGUCCCCUUGGUACAGUGGCAGUAAUUGGAAUUGCAACAAAACGAGCUCCCAUGCAGUGUCAAGGCUAUGUGGCCCUCCUGGGCAGUGAUGACCAGAGCUGGGGCUGGAAUUUGGUGGACAAUAACUUGUUGCAUAAUGGUGAAGUAAAUGGUAGCUUUCCGCAGUGCAACAAUGCCCCAAAAUAUCAGAUAGGUGAGAGAAUUCGUGUCAUCCUCGAUAUGGAAGAUAAAACACUGGCUUUUGAACGAGGGUAUGAGUUCUUAGGAGUUGCAUUCCGAGGACUGCCAAAGACAUGUCUGUAUCCAGCAGUGUCUGCUGUGUAUGGCAAUACUGAGGUGACGUUAGUUUAUUUGGGAAAACCCUUAGAUGGAUGAUAUUCUUGUUUGUUUGUGUUUUUUAAACUGGGACAUGAAAAUCAAGUUGACGGUAUGGAGAAACUUACACAUUGGUUAAUAAGGAAGCAUGAAUGAAAUGUUUGGAUAUAUGUCCAAGAAACAUCCAGGAGAUCCAGAAUGUGUCAUCUAGAAGACCAGCUUCAUAGAACAAGAGUGCAUAAACGUUUCCUUUUUCUGCCAGACCAGAAAAUCCCUCAGGGAGUUGCAAUGGGAUGAAUGGGCAGUUAACUGCAUGCAUGCUGCAUAAAAUGUUGCUGCCAAGGCAGCAAUGUGGAAUCCCAUAUAUAUUUAAGGAAAUGUUUAAUAGGUGUGGUUGAGGCUGUUACUCAAGAUGUGUAAGUAUUGUGUGUUGUGGAAAAGGUUUCAGUUGUAGAACUACCAGUAUUUGUUUCUUCCUGCCUUUGAUUUGGUGUGUUUUACCAAAGGUAAUGGGUUAGGUUUUAUUUAAUAUAUUUGAAAUGUACUUUAGAAAUGUGGUUUUUGGGCUACACUUCUCCUGGUCUAAAUAUUGUGCAGCUGCCAGCUACACUGAUGUGUAUUUUAAAGACUGUUUAUACAGAACACUUUAACAAUUGUUGCAAAACCAAGUUGCUUUUGCUCUAAAUGAGAUGUAAUUUCUUGAAAGCAAAGACCACUACACGGCAAAUAUCAUCUUUUGUUGAAGAGAUGGAUAACAUAUAUAAGUGCAAUUCUUCUGUUUUGUUGUACAUCUCUUGUGACAAUAUGACUAUUGUAAAAUGGCUAAGAUUUCAUAGCUAGAACAGUGUGUGUGUUCAUAUGUGUAAAGGGAAAGUCCAUUCUAAUUGUGAGGGUUUUAAAAAUUAGGUUUGCAAAUUGCUACCAAAAUAUCUGUUUAGGACAUUUUAAGAAAAUUAUUUACUGAAUAAUUUCUUACAAAAUUAUUAUUAAAUAUUUAAACCAUUAGUUUAAAUAAUUUGAAAUUUAAAUUACACUCAAAUUUUAAGCCCAUGGUCUAUUUCACAAGUAUUAAAAGUUAGUCUAGAGGCUGAAAAGGCUUCCUGCAAAGGUAAAUGGCCAGUUCAGAGGAAAUGGCAAGUCUGAGUUCCAAGGGAACCUUGCUUUUUCAUUUACAAGCCCCUUGUUUGUUGCCUACUUAGUUCCAGUGAUAAACCAACUGUGGCUAUUCUGAUUGUGGUUUAUUCAGUGUUGUGUAUGAAUCAAGAGUUCUAGUAUGCCUCUUUUUGACAGUCAAAGUCGUAAGUCAUGGUUUUUUUUUUAUUAGACUCUGGCUUGUUAGAGAAGAAACAGUUUGUACUUUAUAAAUUAAUAAACUGUUUAAGAUCCCCAGUAUGUUUAGCUGCUCUCAGUUGCCAGACGAGUCAAGCAGGAACAUUGAAGCAGCAUAUCCAAGAACAUUGGCUUAUUCACAAUAAGCCAGAAUUCUUUAAACUUCAGGUUUAUUGUGAUAUGUGGCCAAUAAAUGGUAUAAAGUGGAAGGACUUGAAUCUGAUGAAGCAACUACCUUUUCCCAAGGCAGUUUUUCCUUGUCUUGUUUUAUAUCUCUGUCAUUCUCUGGCACCAAUAUCCUGUAUAGCUUAUAUGUCUUAUCCUUGUUAAGUCCAAAUGCCAGCUUUUGGUACUAAAGUGUUAUUUUGUUCUACCGUAUAAAUAUAUUUAUUUGAGAGCGAGUAGUAAAACACUUUCAGGGCAACCCUAUGCAUAUUUCUUUUGAAGCAAUUUCCACUGCUGUUAGUGGGGCUUACUCCCAAAGAAGUAUGUAUAGGAUUGUGGCUUUGGGAGAAAAAGUGAGGUUGUUUACAUUCUUUGCUACAUAGUAAAGUUUUGCAGUUCUGCAAGUUAUCUGAUAACUCUUUCAACAAGUAUAAAAAUGCCUAAAGGGGAACAAUUUUCUAAUUAUUUUCAUUCUCGUUUAAGCUGUAGAAGGGUGGCUUAGUUUUGUGGAUGCUGCUAAAUAGGUCUGUAUUUUUUUUUUCAUAAUAGUUGUUUAGCCUACAACUGUGGAGUACACUUUUAACUGAAUGAAAGCUUUAAGAUGAGAAUUUUUAAGCCAGAAUUUUUGGUAAUGCCACUGAUCUUCAGUAAACAAUUACAGCGAUUAUGCUGUGCUCUUCCCAGCAACCUUAGCCCUCCUAUUAAAUAGCAAAAUGGACAACUUCCUGGGAUUGGAGGGUAUUUCUAGAACUCAGGGGGGAUGCCAGUCUCUGCUGCUGCUAGUAAGAACAACUGCUGCUGCAAAAGGUUCAGUGAGUGUGCUGGGAAGCAUGAUGUGUGACAAACAUGCAUCUUGUUUCCUAGCAGAAAUAUAUUCCCAGCAGUCUGUUGGAAGUAGGAUUCUGCUGAAAAACAAGUACACAUGCCCCAUAUGGAUUGUUUGCAAAUAGAAUCACUAGGAAACUUUUAAGGCAGUAGAAUCUUUAGUGACAAUGACCAAUGAAAAGAACACAUGUGCUGCACAUUGCCCACCCUUGCUGUAGGCUUAACUAGCUUGUCAUCUCUUGUAGCAUCUUGGCACAUCAACAAAUCCAGCUUUAAUCUUUCCAAAGUUUUGCUGUUGUAUCCUUAUAAUAGCUGAAGAAGGAAGCUAUGAUUGACUGCUGGGUUGAGGCUCUGAAUCUGCCAACUUCUGCCAACAAACAUUUGCUCAAUGGCGCUGAUAGCUGUGGAGCAUCAGAUUUUGUAAACAGUGACUUUCUUCAGAGCUACUGAAAAUGAGAGGAGUGGCUUUACUAAGAUUUUGUAUGUACUCAGCCAUUCAGGCUUUACUCUUGAUCAGAGCUUCACUUUAGUUUUCUUCUGUACUCAGAUACCGCAGAACUGUAUCUGAGGGUUGCAUGUGUGAACUGAAGUUUUAAAAUAUAUGUUCUGUGUGAAGCAUAUUGCUCAACAGAACAUUUUCAUCCUUGAUCUAUUUCUAAAAAAAAGUCAGAAUGAAACAAAUAAAUGCCUUUCAACAUAUGGUACUAAGAAGUAGUGAGUGAACUGGGAAAGAUUUAUGAUUUCCAGAAAUAAUAUUCAGCUAUACAGUAUAAUAUAACAUAUAUCACUACAAUGAAUCUUAUGGCAUGAACUGAAAAAAGUAAAGAAACAAAUUUUGUUAGAUUAAUCUAGUCUCCCUGCACAGCCUUGGCUAGAUAGCUUCUACAGUUUUUUAUGUAGCGAGAGCUAGUCCUAAAGGCUACACCAGGGAAUUCUUUGGUUCCAUUUAGUCUUUACUUCCAUUUAAAUGGGAUGUCUUCUUUCCUUAUCUAUGUGGCACAGCGUUCUGGUUUUGCCAAUUUGUCCAUGAUCCUUUGGGGCACAAGGGACAGAUUUAUGUAUAUAAGGCUCUUAUAACUUAUUAUCUGAAGACCAACUGCAAGCUGUAAAAAUAAGAAAUAAAUUGCUCAGAUAUAAAAAUAUAACUUUGUAAUAUUGUGUUUUUAUAGAGAGAGUAAGUGUGAAUGGCAUUGGAUGGUUUGGGCUAUGAGCUUUGUCACAAUUUUUGUUUAAAUUAAGCACAUAGAAUUUUUACAGUAUUCCUAUGACUAGCUGAUAUCAACUGCAAAUUUGUGUAUAAUGCAAAACCUUGACUCUGCUGUCCUGUAGGUUGUUCACCAUUUACUUACAUUAAGAUAAAAUGUCAGUUUGAGAAAAGCACUCAGAGAUUAUAUAGUAGCCCCUCCCAAUUUUCAGGAGAUCCAUUCUGGACCCCCCCCCCCCCCCGAACAUUUGAGUCCCAUUGAAAGCAGUGGUGCGCAUGCAGAGGCUGUGCAUUGGUGUGCGUUGCCAUUUUAUCCCUCCCCACUUGUCCCUCCCACAAAGAGCAAGACUGUGGGCUCCAGGUUUGCGAAAAGGGAGGGACAAGUGUAUAAAUAACAUUUGCUUACUACAGUUGGGUGUGGUAAAAAUCCAUAGUGGUGAGUCUUACUCCAUCAUACAUAUAAACUAAAAUUUAUGUCAGCACAGGAUGUUUGUUCUUAUUCUCAAAGUAGGUUGAGAAUAUACUUAGUAUGUUCUCGAUCUAAAAGUGUAUGUGUGUAUAGGAAGAUCUGGAAUUAUAUUUAUUAGUUAAUAAUACUUGCUGAAUAUACAUUUUUAAGCAUUUAUGAGUUCAUUAGAAGAUUUUUACCUACCUUUUAGGAAAAUAAUUCUCAAGGAAGAACAAGUAGUAAUUCAGAUAUGCAUAAGCCAGUAGUCCAACUCCUCUGUCUGAUAUAUGGGAUCAAAGCUUGCUUUUUCUCAAUUAUGAAGUCUAAGGUAUUAUUUAUAUGUGUUCAAGGCCAUUUCAAGAACCAGUGUGGUACAGUUGUUUAAGUAUUGGACUAGGACUCUGAGAGACUAGGUUUCAAGUUCCUACAUUAUUA